CAUUGCAAAACAGUUGCAAAAUAAAAACAAAAAUGGCCACACCAGAUGAAGGGGACAAACUUGACCCAAGGGUUAAAGUUGAAUUGGAACGUUUGAAUUCAGCAACACAUGAGAUCAACACCUUGGAAUUUCAGCUUGAUGAGGCAAGAUCAAGCUUUAGACAUGCUCUUACGGAGUCAACACAGAGUCUCAAUGCAACAGCCAAGCGUCUUGGUGCAUGUAUAGAAAAAGCCCGGCCGUUUUACGAUGCACGUCAACGAGCCAAGGAACUUCACCAAAGCACUCAGCAGGCUGCCGUCAGUUUUGAGAGAGCCAACAGCAUGCUGGCAGCCGCCAAGGAGAUGGUAGAUCUUGCUGAGAUGGGUCUACUCGACGAGGGCAGGGAGUUUGAUGCCAACUGGCAAGAGAUGUUGAACCAUGCUACCAUGAAGGUUGGAGAAGCAGAGCUUGAGAAAAACAUUAGUGAACGUCAACACGAGAGAACAGCCGCUGAGUUUGAUCAAGAGGAGUUAGUUGUGAAACGCCUUCAGAAAAGCUUGAAAAGUGUUAUCAAUAAGUCAAGGCCAUACUUUGAGGCCAAGAGCAAUUUCAACCAGCAGAUGGAGGAGAAGAAACAAAAAGUGCGGACGUUAGAGAUCAAAGUUGCACGAUCAAAAGAAAUUUACUCACAAGCAUUACACAAUCUCGAAGAAAUCAGUAGCGAAAUUCACGAAAAAAGGAAAACUCAGUCAGUAAAGCUUGGGAAGAGAGUUGCUGGAGUAGGUGCGGAAGCAGUUCCUGAGGUUCACAUAGAGAAAUGCCGCACACCACCAUCACAUUUGAAAUUCGGAACGCAGACUACGCCCUCAAAACGUCUAGCAUCUCCACGUGAUGAAAUGGUCACACGGGAUGACAUGUUUUUAGGGAUACCAAACAAAACGCAGACUCCAAAACGUCCGUUGAGCUUACAGGAAGCAAUUUUACCCCCAGACCCACACAAUAUUCUGGGAGAACGAGGCUCCCUUGAGAAUUUGGACAAUAUAUCAGAUAACGAUAGCGUUUGUUCUGACCAAUCUCAGGAACAUGAUACUGCACCUGUGACAAACGAUGUGCAAACUAAAAGCACCAUUUCGUAUAGAACCCACAGGCGCGUAUCCAGUGAAGCAUCAAAUGUAAUGUUUGGUCUUAGCUCCAGUUCAACUCGAUUACGAAUUGCGAAUUCAUCAAGUUCCAGUGAGCCGCUACAAAUUGUCCAAGAGAUAUCGAGUUUGAAUAUCUCGUCAGAAAAUGCCUUCAGCGAGGAUGAUGCAGAAAAAUUGAGUAGCAUUUGUGAAAUAAAAUCUAUUAAACAACUCCCCAACUCACAGCUUACCGAAGUAAUAAGUGACGUUUGCGUCAGUGACAAUUCUGAAAGUCAAUCCACAAUUAAUGGAGAACAUUUGGAUAGUCCAUCAUCAGAUAGUUCUAGAGUUCCAAAAGGUUCAACUUGUAUAGGUGGUGAAGAUGAUAAAGAAAGCAGUACAGGUGCACUUCAAGAUGGUGCAUUUAACUGUAGUACAGAAACUACUAUAUUUUAGGAACCAGCAUUCAUUGUUUAAUAUUUUAUUUUUAGCAUUAUCUUAUUUUUUAUUUUUUAUAACUCAUAAUGCCAAUGUGCACAUUAUAUGAAAUUAAUGAUUAGUUUUUAUUUUCUAUAAUAUUUGGCAGAGAAGCCAUUUGAUGAUAGUAUGGAUGAUGUAGAACACUAAUUUUCAACUAUGAAGUUGUGCUUCCGUUAAUUUUUGUCCACACAUCAUAUCUACAGUACACUUUUAAUGUGGCAAAUAUUUAUAUUAAUAUUUCCUGUAUUAUGGGCAUGGUGGUGUCAUAUCAUGUCCAUAUAUGGAUGUGAUGAUAUCACAUCUGAUCAAUAUAUGGGCAAAUCACAGGUAUUUAAUUUCCACAUAAGAUUUGAUAGUGUGAACAAAACUUGACUUUAAUGGAGGGAGAAUUGGAUGCCCAGUGCUAUCCUAAUACCGUGUGCUGAUACUAAUCAACAAGGUAGUCACGUCUGACUACAGGUCUUUAAAUUCCGUCAACAGAAUUAAUAUAAUAUGAGCACUUUAGUAUAGUCAUACACCAUAUGAGACAUGCUUCAUGAAAAACCCAGGUUUUAAAUCAUUACAAAAUUUCAUAUAAUUAUGUAAUAAUAAUAUUACAUAUAUUUUAUAUACUGCAGCGCAUAAUGCUGGAACUUUUAUGGUCUAUAUAUUCUAUAUUUACAGAGCAUAUUGGCCAGUUUAAGUUAUUUCAAUUCAAUUAAAAGUACUGUAACGUUUAUUUUCCUCAAAGAAGUGCAAAUAAUAUUGUUACAGAAUCUAUAAAAUUGAAGGAGUCAAGGCCGGAAAAAGCGGGAAAAAGCUGCUGGGAUGCAAACAGAGUUUAAACGUCACGACUGCAAUAUAAUGACAAAAAAUACUUAUAGGAACUGUAACAUAUAA